AGCUCUAUAGCACAUGCAGCGCGUGGUGCGUGCUGAAGCCGAAGCUGCAGCCGUGCUGCAGCCCUUGCAACCAGUCUGAGCGGCCCCGUGGAACACUGACCCGUGCAGCAGUGGUGACUAUGCCCACGCGUCAGCCCCAGGCUUCGACGACCGGCCCCGGCAGACGCCGCCGAUACCGACGGCGGACACGUCAACAGCAGCCACCCACCGAGGAAGGGAGGCUGCCCGAGACCGACAACGAAGAUCGGGGUGUCCAGGAUGGGGCGGACGGCGGCAUCAGCGGCAGUGACCUCCCGCCGUGGCCUGCUAUCGUUCCGCCCUUCUACUAUCUGCAGGCGCCACCAUGCACAAGUUACCCAGAGGUCCUGUUUCCAUUCGGUGAGCACGGUUCCUUAAUCGACGAACAAGGGAACAUAUUCGACCCAGUUUUUUCCACCUGGCUCGUCGACAGCGAGAUGCUCCCGCGGGACCUCCUGCAGGACGACACCGGCGCGAUCCAGCGAGUGGACGAAGAAAACGGCACCGGCGAGCCUCACACCACAGCCGAUCAGAGCACGACCGUGAUAUCAGUGAGCGCAGAAGGCUGCGGAGAUGCCCAGCUGGACCCGACCGCCGCCGAGCACGGUCCGUGGCCUGAACUACAAGCUUGCUACGGACCGGUAGUAACAACAUAUGGCACGGUAUCGGUGAUGCUUAGGCACGGCGUUCGCGUCGACAUCUCGGUGGAACGCGCCGUGCGGGUUGUCAAUUUCGACAAGGAAUGCACGGCGGCUGUUGGCAGCGACGGUGAUCGCUCUUGCGUGUGUCAUCCAUGCGGCCGCGUGCUGCAGCAGGGCGUCGCCGUGGACAUCGCCACAGGAAGCCGGCUGGCGAAGAUAUCCAGUCGAGGUGUCAUCUUCACGGCUCUGAAUCACGGACUCGUUUACCUCGUCGAUGCCUCAGGUACAAAGUCGACGACAGAACGGUUCAAGGACCUCUGCUACGACGUACCAUUAAGCAUUUUCCACAUCAGCUUACAUGAGGACGAAGAAGGAUUCAACGAAUGUUUCCGCAUGGUCAGCCAGGCGAAGCAGUGGAACAACCGGAGCGGCGACGAGGUCUGGCUCGUCGGCGGUGUGCGCAUACAGCAAGCCCCGUGGGGUGACGUCCAGGUGUCCCGGGACUCGGGCAGGCACGUCGUCUGGACAUCCCCCUCAAACGGAACAAUGACGGUCGUCACGCCUCUGAUCAAGUCUGUGAUCACCUGCGAUCCGCGGCGAUUCUUUUUCGUUCGCAUGAACCAAAAAAGGCUGAGCGCCAACGCCGACGGUUUUGCAGUGAGGAACGGCAGCCAGCGAGCUGGCUUCGACAGCCGAGGCCGUCUGGUGCUACUUUGAAAGUUCACGCAGUAACAAAAGCGAAAAGUCCAUGAAGGUUUGCAUCCCAUCAGUGUAACACCACCGUGCUCACGAAAGGAAAUAAACAGCUUGGCCA